CGAUAGAGAAGAUUAUAUGUGCAACUCUGGUUGAAAUCAGUGUCUAUAGCUGUCAACAUAUUUGAAAAAUUAUGAUUCGUUUUCUGCCUCGUCACCAUAUUUCAUCACUAAGGAAGAUGGUAGCUACUUACUCCAUGUCAUCCAUCCCUAAGCCAUUGGUGAAGCCUGAGGUGUACUAUACCAAGUUGUUCAUAGACAACGAAUGGCAUGAUGCCGCCAGUGGAAAAACAUUUCCAACAAUUAACCCCUCUACUGGAGAAACCAUCACACAUGUGGCUGAGGGAGACAGUGCUGAUGUUGAUCUUGCAGUCAAAGCAGCAAGAGCAGCCUUUAAGUUAGGAUCGCCAUGGCGUUGUAUGGAUGCAUCUCAGCGUGGACAACUGUUACACUGCCUGGCAGAUCUUAUUGAAAGAGAUAGGGUCUAUCUGGCUUCCCUAGAAACAUUGGACAAUGGUAAACCUUUCACAGCAUCGUAUGCUUUAGACCUUGGUGGAAUCAUCAACUUAUACAGAUAUUAUGCCGGUUUUGCUGACAAGUGGCAUGGAAAGACUAUACCAAUGGACGGUAACCACUUCUGUUUUACUAGACAUGAGCCUGUUGGUAUCUGUGGUCAGAUUAUCCCAUGGAAUUUUCCCCUGGCAAUGCAGGCAUGGAAGCUAGCACCUGCCCUAGCUACAGGAAACACAGUGGUGAUGAAAGUUGCUGAACAGACACCCCUCACUGCUUUGUAUGUAGCGUCCUUAAUAAAAGAGGCUGGCUUUCCCCCGGGUGUUGUGAAUAUUAUAACUGGUUAUGGGCCUACUGCAGGGGCAGCAGUUGCAAGACAUAUGGAUAUUGAUAAAGUAGCUUUUACUGGUUCCACAGAAGUGGGUCAUUUGAUUCAGAAAGCCGCAGGAGAGACCAAUCUUAAAAAAGUCACAUUAGAACUUGGUGGGAAAAGUCCAUGUAUUGUAUUGGCAGAUGCAGAUAUGGAGCAUGCUGUAGAGCAGUGUCAUGAGGCUCUCUUUUUCAACAUGGGGCAAUGCUGCUCUGCAGGUUCAAGAACAUUUGUAGAGGAAUCUAUCUACAAUGAAUUUGUAGAAAGAUCUGUGGAAAAAGCCAAAUUGAGAAAAAUUGGAAACCCUUUUGACCCUACCACAAAACACGGCCCACAAGUGGAUAAGACACAAUUUGAUAAGAUUCUUGCAUACAUCAAAAGUGCUAAAACGGAGGGCGCUAACCUGCUUUGUGGUGGUGACCGCUUUGGUGAUAAAGGUUUUUUUAUCAAGCCCACUGUUUUUGCAGAGGUACAAGAUGACAUGAAAAUAGCAAAAGAAGAGGUGUUUGGCCCCGUACAGCCAGUGUUUAAGUUUAGGAAACUGCAGGAAGUUCUUGAAAGAGCUAAUAAUACAAAGUAUGGAUUAGCUGCAGGUAUAUUUACACAGGAUUUAGAUAAAGCAAUGCAUUUCAUGCAAGGCUUACAAGCAGGUACAGUGUGGAUAAAUACGUACAAUGUUGUCUCUAGUCAGACACCAUUUGGGGGAUUUAAAGAAUCCGGAAAUGGAAGAGAGCUUGGAGAAGAUGGACUAAAUGCCUACACUGAAGUGAAAACAGUGACUAUUAAAAUUCCACAAAAAAAUUCUUAAUGAUAUGCUACAAAUGCCAGAUAUUUUAAAUUCCUAUUCAAGCAAUAAAUACUAUAACAACAUUAUUUCAGUGCUAAAAUAUUUGGAGGUGGCUCAGUAAUUCUUGAAGUAUCACAUUAACCAUUUUAAACAACUAAUAAUCCGAGGAAACAUCCCGACACAAACCUGCAAUCUCCCAAGUCCACUCCCAGUCACCCCCUCUGCCACUCUCUGCACCCUCCUCCCAACCACUGAGAGUGAAGUGGCUUCCCUUUUGUCUUCCUCACUACCUGCCCACUUGACCCUAUUCCUUCACAUCUAAUUCCUCCUCUGUCUCCCACCCUCACUCCGGCUCUUACUCACAUAUUCAACCUAUCCCUUUCUACCGACUCAUUCCCUGUCUCUUUCAAACAUGCAAAAGUCUCCCCCAUCCUCAAAAAACCCUCCCUUGACCCUAACUCCCCUUCAAACUACCGCCCCAUAUCACUGCUCCCGCUAGCUUCAAAAUUACUUGAAAAACUAGUCUUCAAUCGCCUAACCCUCUUCCUGUCCUCCAACUCAUUGCUCGACCCCCUGCAAUCUGGCUUCCGUCCCCAACACUCAACUGAGACUGCCCUCACCAAGGUUACAAACUAUCUCCUUUCUGCUAAAAACAAAGGCUACUACUCUAUACUCAUCUUACUUGACCUUUCUGCUGCCUUUGACACUGUUGACGACUCCCUUCUCCUGCGGUCUCUCAGCUCUUUUGGUCUCUGACACUGCCCUCUCCUGGAUUCACUCCCAUCUCUCUAACAGAUCAUUCUCCGUCUCUUUUGCUGGUGACUCCUCCUCUCUAUUACCUCUGUCUGUUGGAGUACCCCAAGGCUCUGUCCUGGGUCCUCUACUCUUCUCUAUUUACACUUCUUCACUGGGUAAACUUAUCAACAGCUAUGGCUUCAGCUAUCAUCUCUAUGCUGAUGACACCCAGAUCUACCUUUCCACCCCUGCACUCUCUCCUUCUGUCAAUUCUCACAUCAGCGACUGCUUAUCUGGCAUUUCCUCCUGGAUGGCCUCUCACCACCUAAAAAUAAAUAUGUCCAAGACCGAACUACUUCUAAUUCCCCCCCUCUAACUCCACUCCAGUUUCUAAUUUUUCUAUCACUGUUGGUGGCACCACUAUCUCCCCAUCACCCCAAGUCUGCUGCCUCGGAGUCGCGAUUGACUCAAAUCUGUCCUUCAUUCCCCACAUCCAACUGCUCUCUUCAUCCUGCCGCAACCACCUUCGCAAUAUCUCCAAAAUUCGUCAGUUUCUAAAUGCUGAAACUACUAAACGGCUAAUCCACUCCCUGGUAAUUUCCCGACUUGACUAUUGUAACAACUUACUAACUGGCCUCCCUCUCUCCCGCCUCUCUCCCCUCCAAUCCAUCUUAAAUGCAUCUGCCAGGCUAAUCCACCUCUCUCGAUGCUCUGUUUCUGCUGCACCUCUCUGAGUCCCUUCACUGGCUCCCCACUAACAGAGUUAAAUUCAAAAUUCUCACCCUGAACUACAAAGCCCUCACCAAUGCUGCCCCACCCUACCUGUCCUCACUCAUCAACAAAUAUACUCCUGCCCGUCCCCUAAGAUCCAACAAUGCUUCUCGCGUCCUCUACCAUCACCACCUCUCAUGCUAGACUACAGGACUUCUCUCAUGCGGCACCAACCCUCUGGAACCCACUUCCUUGUUCUGUCAGACUUGCCCCUAACCUCUCCUCCUUUAAACGUUCCCUAAAGACCUUUCUGUUCAGGGAAGCUUAUCACCCGACUUAUGAACAAACUAACUUCACUUAACUAACAGUUGCUCUCUAUCUCCUCACUACUAUCAUUCUCACCUUUGCAGUCACCACCUCCUGUUUCCCAUCUUCCUACCCAUCUAGAUUGUAAAUUCCCACGGAAAUAGGGCCCUCAAUUCCCCCUGUAUUUGUCUUAUCAUAUUGUUUCUCCAUUGUACUGUUAUCCUUGUACCCACUUUUUUUUUUUCCUUUUGUGAUUCAGAGGAUGUGAUUUUAAACAACUUUCCAAUUUACUUCUAUUAUCUAAUUAGUUUUUUUCUCUUGAUAUCCUAUGUGGAAAAUGAUAGGUAGCCUCAGUAGCUGCGGAUUAGUUGCUGCACAUAUAUGCCUCAUCUUCUUGGCUUACCCAAUGCAUUCAGGUAGCUUCUUCAACAAAGGAUACCAAGAGAAUGAAGCGGAUUAUAUAAUAGAAAUAAACUGGAAAGUUGUUUAAAAUUGUCUUCUCCAUCUGAAUCAUGAAAAAAGCGGUUUUAUGUUCCUUUAAUUACCUUGAUUUACUAAAGCUAGUUUACAUUUCAUUGUAAACGUUAUGAGCAGGAAGUAACUACAAAUAUCUUUUAAAGUCUAUGGAGAUUUUUGAUGUUGCUAUACGUUUACAAUUGGAAUGUAAUCUAUACACCUUCCAAUUCACAUGGUGUAAUCGCCUAUAUUCUGCCAUUCUAGUGUGUCUUCUGAACUUACACUGCUGGGAUUGUAACCACUAGUGCUGAAGGCAGCGUGCCCGUCCAACACCAGAAUAACAAAUUGAAUUCAGUGUCCCCACAUCCACAGUGAAUCAACACUUUACAAGAAAUAUUUAGUAUAAAUAAAAUACAGGUAGACAACCCUUUAUCCAAACUGCUUGGGAUCAAAAAAGGUUUGAAUUUUGGAAUAUUUGCAUCUUUAAAAGUUUGGAGAGGGGAGGAAUAAAGUAUAAAUAUCAAUAUCUUAUGUCAUUUAGGUAAUAUUUACAUGUCCUAAUACAGCUUAUACCUGUAACCAAAA